AUGUGUUGGAUAAUUCCAGAAGCAGCUCCGCAGUUCCUCUGCUCUUCAGUCCGAAGACAAGCCCCGCUGCUGGACCUGAGCUCGACCUCACCCCGGGAACACCGUGUGGAAGUCUGGAGACACGUAGACACUUGACUCUUUUUAGCUAAUCUUCGCUGUUCGACAGUUCGGGUCUGUUUCGACGUUAAACGCUGCGAAUUUUCUUAAAUUGAGUUAGCCUGUUAGCAGAGUGGUCAGAAUGUUGAGUGUCGCCAGAAGCGCUUCAAGGACUGUCCCGACCACGACCUGUGUCAGAAGUGUGUCCUCUUUGAUCAAGAAGGCAUGCUGGAGUGGUUUCCAGCCAGAUGCCCUCAGAGCUCUGUCCAGGAGGGACUAUGCGUCAGAGGCUGUCAAGGGUGCAGUCAUUGGCAUUGACCUGGGAACCACCAACUCCUGUGUCGCAGUCAUGGAGGGCAAACAGGCCAAGGUGUUGGAGAACGCUGAAGGGGCCAGGACGACUCCUUCAGUCGUCGCCUUUACAGCAGACGGGGAGCGUCUGGUGGGCAUGCCGGCUAAACGUCAGUCCGUCACCAACCCCCAGAACACACUGUACGCCACCAAGAGGCUGAUCGGACGUCGCUAUGACGAUGCCGAGGUCCAGAAAGACCUGAAGAACGUCCCCUACAAGAUUGUCCGUGCCUCUAAUGGUGAUGCUUGGGUGGAGGCUCAUGGGAAAAUGUACUCCCCCAGCCAGGCUGGAGCCUUUGUCCUGAUAAAGAUGAAGGAGACUGCAGAGAACUACCUGGGAACCAAAGUGAAGAACGCUGUGGUCACUGUACCAGCCUACUUCAAUGACUCUCAGAGACAGGCUACCAAAGAUGCUGGUCAGAUUGCUGGUCUGAACGUCCUGCGAGUGAUCAAUGAGCCAACAGCUGCUGCCCUCGCCUACGGCCUGGACAAAACCCAGGAUAAGAUUAUCGCUGUGUAUGAUCUGGGUGGAGGAACGUUUGAUAUCUCAGUCCUGGAGAUCCAGAAGGGAGUUUUUGAGGUGAAGUCUACCAACGGCGACACCUUCCUGGGAGGAGAGGACUUUGACCAACAUCUCCUCAAACACAUCGUCAAGGAGUUCAAGAGAGAGUCCGGUGUGGAUCUGACGAAAGACAACAUGGCUCUUCAGAGAGUCAGAGAGGCUGCUGAGAAGGCCAAGUGUGAGCUGUCCUCUUCACUGCAGACUGACAUCAACCUCCCCUACCUGACCAUGGACGCCUCCGGUCCCAAACAUCUCAACAUGAAGCUGACCCGCUCUCAGUUCGAAGGCAUCGUGGCCGACCUGAUCCGUCGCACCGUGGCCCCCUGUCAGAAGGCCAUGCAGGACGCCGAGGUGUCCAAGGGAGACAUUGGAGAGGUGCUGCUGGUCGGAGGAAUGUCCCGCAUGCCCAAGGUUCAGCAAACAGUUCAGGACCUGUUCGGCCGCGCUCCCAGCAAGUCUGUCAACCCCGACGAGGCCGUUGCCAUAGGAGCAGCCAUCCAGGGUGGCGUUUUGGCUGGUGAUGUCACAGACGUGCUGCUGUUGGAUGUGACUCCGCUGUCUCUGGGUAUCGAGACCCUGGGUGGAGUCUUCACCAAGCUCAUCAACAGGAACACCACAAUUCCCACCAAGAAGAGCCAGGUGUUCUCCACAGCGGCUGACGGACAGACUCAGGUAGAGAUCAAGGUGUGUCAGGGAGAGAGAGAGAUGGCGACGGACAACAAGGUGCUGGGUCAGUUCACUCUGGUGGGAAUCCCCCCCGCCCCCCGCGGCGUCCCUCAGAUCGAGGUCACCUUCGACAUCGACGCCAACGGCAUUGUCCACGUCUCAGCCAAGGACAAGGGCACGGGCCGAGAGCAGCAGAUUGUGAUCCAGUCUUCCGGAGGUCUCAGUAAAGACGACAUCGAGAACAUGAUCAAGAAUGCCGAGAGGUACGCAGAGGAGGACAGGAGGAGGAAGGACCGCGUGGAGGCCGUCAACAUGGCUGAGGGCAUCAUCCACGACACAGAAUCCAAGAUGGAGGAGUUCAAGGACCAGCUUCCUGCUGAUGAGUGCACCAAGCUGAAGGAGGAGAUCUCAAAGGUCAAGGAUCUUCUGGCCAACAAGGACUCAGAAACAGGAGAGAACAUCAAACAGGCGGCCACCACCCUGCAGCAGGCGUCACUCAAACUCUUUGAAAUGGCCUACAAGAAGAUGGCAGCGGAGCGCGAAGGUGGCGGCAGCAGCGGCAGCUCGGGCUCAUCAGAGGGAGAGAAGAAAGAAGGCCAGCAGUAGACCUUUGCACUUGGAUGUCUCACGUGGUUUCCAUGACAACAGAGAACUGUCGGGGUGGGGCGGGUGGAAGUCUCGAGUGACAAGUUGAAACUUAGUCAUUCUCACCGUAAUAUAUUAUUCUACUGUGUUUUGGCAGUAAAAUACUCUAGUGAAAAGAUAAACGUCAAUGUACGCUCCUCCAUGUCCUAUGAUAUCCUGUCUGUUUGUAACUUAAUUGUCUCAUAAACAAUGUAUGUUUAUUUUUACAAAGCUGUUAAUUGAGGUAGUAAAAGUUCUUUCUUUGUCUAAGACAUCAUGUAGGUUUCAUGUUUUCCUCAGCUUGUUUAUGGCUCUGAUCAGUUUGUUUGUCCCAGUUGAGUUCAGAAGCUCGUACCCUGUUUGAGCUCCCCUCAUCUACACAGUACCAUAUUGUACAGCGCUCUCACCACGUAUAGCUAACUUGUUCUAAUAGUGUGCUCAGCAGCUCUGAGGUGGGAAGUUACUGCACAGGAAUAUUUAAGACUCUAUGUCAGAAGCUUGUCAGUUCUCAGCUGUACUGAGUGCUCUCUAAAGAUUUCUACACGGAUGCAGGACUGCAGUAAUGAGCUCUUCUUAUUUCAUCAUCUUAUUCCUGAAAUCUGGUUCUGUUUCUUCUCAUGUCCUCUGACAUUUUAAACAGGCCUGAUCAGGCCAGGGGACUGCAUUCUCCUACUGAUUAAUAGGAGGCACAGAAUAUAAAUAUUGUGUGUGUGUGUGUGAGGAUGGAAUCAAGCUUUAGUUCAUUUCUCAUAUUUGAAGUGUAAGAAUGGCAGGCCUUGGUCUGUGAGAAACCCUGUGUUUCAGCUCUUUGCGUCCUCUUUUGUAGCGUUGAUCUUGUGGAGGUGGCGCUGACUCCAGCUGAACUACAAAGCAGUCGGGUGAAUCUGAAUGUUGAAAUUGAGGAUAGAAUAGAGGAUGAGGCCUAGGUUUACUUCUCAUUUCAGACAGACAGGUUGGGAUGCAACAGAGCAGUAAAGGCCUGUGGAAACGUAUGAGCCCAGCCCCGUCAUUUCCCUCCAGGAGGAAGUUUAGUUGCUGCCAUUAACUGCUCUGUGUUAUGUGAGUGUCGCUGCUUCCUGCCUGAUGGCGAUCCCAGGAGCAAAGGCAGGAGGCAGCAUAUUGAAUUGAAAUAAGGGGGGAGGCUUGUUUAUUUUGAGGGGUGUGAUUAUAUUACUGGGUUAAAAAUUGAGGGUCAUGAUAACUGUGGCUGUCUUUUCUAAUAAAAAUCUGAAAUGUGA